AUGGACGGUCUAGCCGUAGCAGCGGCUGUCAUUCAGUUCGUUGAGUUCUCUAGCGGCCUCAUCGCCAAAGGCAUUGCAAUACACUCAUCCGCGACCGGUCUUGCCGUCGACCAUGACGAGCUGCGAACCAUCACGGAUUCUCUUUCCCACAGCAGUGACGAGAUCACACAUUCGCUAGCAGAGCAGCACGGGCGGCGGAAGUUGACGGCAAACGAAAGGGACUUGGAAAAGAUUGCUACGGGCUGUCAAGCGGUGGCAGGCGAGCUGCUGGAUGUCCUGGCCAGUCUGGCAUCGAAAGGCCCUAGGACAAGAUGGCGGUCGUUCCGUCACGCUCUUCGGGCGGCCUGGAGCGAAGGAAAGGUGCAGUCGCUGGAAAACAGACUCGAUCGUUUUCGACAGCAGAUUAUGGUAAGCGUCCUGAGCUCUCUGAGACAAGAGGCCGAUAGGUCAAUCCGGGAGCAAUCCUCGAUGCGAGAGUCGGUCGAGAGGAUCGAACAGCUUCAGCGCAACAGCAUUCCAAUAGGAGACCGCUUCGUCCGACAAGUUAUGGAUGGAGAGCAGUGGAGGCGCGACUUGAUCCAAAUGAUUCAUGAGCAGGGGCAAGGGGAGCUCCAGAGGAUGACCAUCCUGACCCAAGUCAGGGACGAGAAGGGGUGGACACCCAACGCAGUCAUAGUUCAGGAGAGGCGAAUUCGAGAACGCAUACUGCAUAAGCUAGCGUUCAGGAACAUGACAGAUAGGGAGAGACGCAUAUCCAAGGCGCAUCAACGAACUUUCGAAUGGAUCUUCUGCGAUCCUAAGUCCGACUCUAGACCCUGGGCAAGUUUCAAAGACUUUCUGGAGGGUUCCGGCAAGAAGAUAUACUGGGUCACUGGCAAGCCUGGCUCGGGGAAGUCAACUCUUAUGAAAUAUAUUCGGCAUCACCCCGAGACCAGCAAACUAUUGCGAACUUGGGAUCCCAACAACGACGUCAUUCGCGCCGCAUUCUACUUCUGGAACAGUGGAUCGCGCAUGCAGAUGUCCGUUGAGGGUCUUCUACAGACUGUGCUGCAUGACUGCCUCCGACAACUGCCAGCGCUUGUUCAAGAGGUCAUGCCGGAGAGAUGGGAGGCAGCCACCCUCUUCGACGUGGACGAUUUCCCAUGGAGCUUGGAGGAGGUGGCUCAGGCGCUAAGGAAAUUAAUCAUCGAGCUCUGCCCCGAGCAAAAGUUCUUCGUGAUGAUAGAUGGCCUCGAUGAGUGUUCCGGAAACAUGGCGCAGCUCAUCGAGCUGAUAACAGACCUUGCCGAGGACGCCGAAAAUCUGAAGAUGUGCCUCGCGAGCCGUCCCUGGAACAACUUUGAGGACGCUUUUAGGGGGCGGCCGGCCCUGAUGCUCCAGGAUCUUUCGGCAACCGAUAUCGAGUACUACAUUACGUCCAAGUUCGCCGCAAACGAAGGGUUCGCCGAGUUCCAGGUGCGAGAUCCUUCGAGCGCACGGGAGCUGUUGGAGACAAUUGCCAAGAAAGCAGAGGGGGUCUUCCUCUGGGUGCACCUCGUCGUCCAAUCCCUGCUCGAGGGCCUGACGAACGGCGACGGGCUUCGGGAUCUCCACAGUCGGCUUGACGAGCUCCCGCCGAACCUCGAAGACCUUUACGUGAAGAUCCUGGAGAACCUGGACGAAAAGUACCUCGACCACGCCUCGCGGCUCUUUCAAAUCGUCAGGGCCUGCGACGAACCACCCACUCUCCUUCGCGUCGCGCUGGCCGACCUGGAGGACGGCGAUCGAGCCAUGCAGGCGCCAGUCGCGCCUAUACCUCUCGGAGAGACGUCGGCACUGUGCAAGAAUAUGAAGAGAAAGUUGACUAGUCGAUGCCGUGGACUCCUGGACGUUUCCUCGGCCGUCACAUAUCAAGUUGAUGACGGCCAAGCCGAUGACGACCAGCCCGUGCCAGACCUUGACUGGUCUCGAGCUGACGAAAGCGGCGAAGUUUCCGGUCAUCAUAUGGCAAACCUAGAGAUCCAAUAUCUCCACAGAAGCGUCCGGGACUACAUACAGAGUUCUGAGAUGUGGUCCUGGUUGGUAUCUGCCAAUGAAGAGCCUUUCGACCCGCACAUUGUUCUACUCAAGUCACACCUGCUACAACUCAAGAGCCUAGAGUCAGAUUCAUUAUCCGCACGGGCAGUGGGGUUCCAUGUUUGGAUGGCGAUCAAGUAUGCCAAGAUGUCUCUCAAUAUCCAUACAAGGAACAGGAAGAGGCAGGUUAAGGAGAUCGUCCUCCUGCUUGAUGAACUGGACAAGACCGUCACACUCCUCACUACCUCUCCUGUGAGGAGCUCAACAUUCGUGGAUCGUAACGGGUCUCUCGGGGAUGAACACUGGUCAUCAUUCUUUCUCAUUCGGGUGCCGAACCCGUCCUUCACGCACAUGAUGGCGGUGUGCGGCGUCCACCAGCACCUGGAAAUGCGCCUCCGAAGUUCGAGUCCGAAGGAAGAGAAUGAGGACUACCAAGACGCAAGGGAAGCAGAGAGCAUGCCUCUCAUGAUCGUGGCUCUAGAAGGAGCGCCAGUGAUCCCGACGGCACAGGAAUACAAGGAGCUGCUCGGUCCUCACCCCAUGGUCCUGAAGACGCUGUUACGGAAGGGAUUUAGCUGCCACAAGCCUUACCACGGCCGCUCCGCCUGGGAUUUGGCCAUGAACGCGGGCUACGCGGGGAUCCUGGAGCUCUUUGAGGAAUACAGGGGUAAGCCGCCCGCGCGACGGACCGACGACAACCGUCGUUCUCCGACAGCGCGAGGACGGCACGAGGACGGCAGCGAGUCCGACGAGUCGAACGCAUCAACAGAGGCCGUGACUUCAUUGGAAGGGCAGCCUCGCCUCGGCAGCGAGUCAAGGAGAUCGCGUUCAUCUGGUCACCUGCCGAGUAAGACUGAACGACGACGUGGGGACCAAUCCUCACGGCGAGUCCCGCUGGAGUAUCAAUACACACAUUAUCAACCUUCAGCCCAGACGCCUAGGAGUCGACCACCUCCGCCGCCACAAGGUCGACCAGAACCUCCCCCAUAUGGCAAUCUUUCAUUCCGGCCGUAUCACGGCACGAGACGGCCGUACGACGGAUAUGAUGACGACAGAGGAGAAUAUCCCGAGUACCGCUCUUUCUAUCCUGGCAGUUAUGCUACCUAUAGCCCGCCACCCCGUCGUCCUGUCAGCUACUGGAGGGGAAAUCGGCCGGAUAUACCCCUGUCAACCAACCCUCCCCACCUCUCAUACCGUUCGAUGGAUUACUCUAGGCCACCGUACUGGGCAGAGCAGUGGUUCCAUCCGCAAACUGCUGGUCCUGCGGAUGCUUACUACAGGAGUGGAUGGCGGGGAGAGCUGCCGUCCAGGACGAGUUACGGUGGAGGGUAUGGAUAUUGGGAUCGAUAG